CCAACCCUGGAUAGGAGGGAAGAGGCGGGAGGAAGGAGGUGAUGUCCAAAUCCUGAGCGCAUUCGUUAUUUAAAAAAAAGAAGAAGGAGGAGGAGGAGGAGGGAGAGGGGGGAGGAAUAGAAAGCAGUGAAAAAUUCCAGCUCGAAUGGAUCGGAGAUUCAUCUGAAACACGGUCAGAGUGUCAUUGCAGACAUGGGUCGCAGCGGUACGGCACCUCUCGCUCAGCUCCUCGGGGAGUGCUUUCACUGUCAGUCCUUCAGCGCUGGAAAUGGCGUUGUGAUGCUGAGCGCGGAAGACGCAGCGGAGGCGGAUGCCAAGGAAUAGAGCAAUAUAUGAUCACCUGUGCUUUUCUUUGGGUUGGAUUUUUAGUAGCGGUGGACAAUACCAUGGUGAAUUACCAGAAAUACAUUACUGUUAUGCAGCUGGCUCUGGGGGUGACCGCCUCCAACAAAGAACAUUGCCUUCCACCCAGGAAGCGUAUGUGGCAUUCUUCCCAUCACUCCUCUUCCUCAAUGAUUCACCCGAGUCCGACCGCCGGCUCCAUCACUGCAGGCUCCUCCGCGAGCACCGUUCAGGGCAAGCCAUCACUCCGGCGCAUCAAGGGUCGCAUCCACAGAAGCAAGAGCCUGGACAGCAUCGAUCUCCUGGAUUCCAACAGUGCAGCGAUGGAGGAGACAGUCAUUUGGGAACAGCACACAGUAACACUACACAGGGCACCAGGGUUUGGCUUUGGGAUAGCCAUAUCGGGAGGUCGGGAUAACCCUCAUUUUCAGAGUGGCGAGACCUCCAUUGUCAUAUCGGAUGUGCUGAAAGGAGGCCCGGCUGAAGGCCUGCUGCAGGAAAAUGACAGAGUGGUCAUGGUGAACUCUGUUUCUAUGGACAACGUGGAGCAUGCAUAUGCCGUCCAGCAGCUUCGCAAAAGCGGGAAAAUUGCCAAAAUUACAAUCAGACGGAAGAGAAAAGUUCACGUCCCCAUGGGCCGCUUGGGGGAGAGGGAAACCAUGUCGGAACACGACGAGGAGGAGGACAGCUACGACGAGGAGAUCUACGAGACGCGAAGCGGACGCAGUGGUGCUUACAGCGGCGUGGGAGGGGCUAUGGGCAGGCGCAGUGGUCGGAGCGGUGGACGGAGAGACAGGGAGCGUGAGCGCAGCGGCUCGCGAGAAAGAAGUCUCUCUCCACGCACAGACCGCCGCUCGCACAAUCUCCCCCCACGGCCUGCCAAGGUCACGCUUGUUAAAUCCCGGAAAAAUGAAGCAGAAUAUGGCUUGCGUCUGGCCAGCCAUAUCUUUGUCAAGGACAUCUCUCCUGAGAGCCUGGCAGCCAGAGACGGCAACAUCCAGGAGGGAGAUGUUGUGCUGAAGAUUAACGGCACGGUUACAGAGAACCUUUCCCUGAUUGAUGCCAAAAAGCUGAUUGAAAGGUCAAAGGGCAAACUAAAAAUGGUUGUUCAGAGAGACGACAGGGCGACCCUGCUGAACAUCCCCGACCUCGAUGACAGCAUUCCUUCAGCCAAUGCCUCUGACAGAGAUGACAUUUCAGAUAUCCAUUCGCUGGCAUCGGACCAUUCCAAUCGAUCACAUGACAGGCGUCGUAGGAGCCGCUCACGCUCUCCGGACAGGCGAUCUGAACCCUCAGACCACUCCAGACAUUCACCCCCACAAAUCAGCAACGGCAGUCACAGAAGUCGGGAUGAUGAACGGAUCUCAAAGUCUGCUUCAACACCAGCGAAGAUCGCAGAGGAGAUUCCUCUCCCCAGACCAAAGGAGUCUGCUAAUGCAAAAGAGGACAAGAAGCUCCCUCCCCUUCCAGAGCCUAAGCCAGUGUAUGCCCAGCCUGGACAACCAGAUGUAGACCUACCAGUUAGUCCCUCUGACGCUCCCGUCCCAAGUGCUGCUCAUGAUGACAGCAUCCUACGGCCGAGCAUGAAACUAGUCAAGUUCAAAAAGGGGGAGAGUGUGGGCCUGCGACUGGCAGGGGGCAACGAUGUGGGCAUCUUUGUAGCUGGAGUUCUGGAGGACAGCCCAGCUGCUAAAGAAGGCCUGGAAGAGGGCGACCAAAUUCUCAGGGUAAAUAAUGUUGAUUUUGCAAACAUAAUUCGAGAGGAGGCGGUGCUAUUCCUAUUGGAUCUCCCUAAGGGCGAGGAGGUCACCAUUCUGGCCCAAAAGAAGAAAGACGUGUAUCGGCGGAUCGUGGAGUCUGAUGUCGGUGACUCCUUCUACAUCCGGACACACUUUGAAUAUGAGAAGGAAUCUCCAUAUGGGCUAAGUUUUAACAAGGGCGAGGUGUUUCGAGUUGUGGACACCCUCUAUAACGGCAAACUGGGCUCCUGGCUGGCUAUUCGCAUCGGCAAGAACCAUCAGGAGGUGGAGAGGGGCAUUAUUCCAAACAAAAACAGAGCCGAGCAGCUCUCCAGUGUGCAGUACACUCUUCCCAAAACAGCAGGGGGCGACAGGGCCGACUUCUGGAGAUUCCGCGGUCUUCGUAGCUCAAAGAGGAACCUGAGGAAGAGCAGAGAGGAUCUUUCAUCCCAACCGGUCCAAACAAAGUUCCCAGCAUAUGAGAGGGUUGUCCUGAGAGAAGCGGGUUUCUUAAGACCAGUCGUGAUAUUUGGACCUAUUGCUGAUGUAGCUCGAGAGAAACUCUCCAGAGAAGAACCAGAUCUGUUUGAACUUGCAAAGAGUGAACCGAGAGAUGCAGGAACAGACCAGCGUAGUUCAGGAAUAAUUCGGCUUCACACCAUCAAGCAGAUCAUCGACAGAGACAAACAUGCUGUGUUGGACAUCACUCCAAACGCCGUGGACCGGCUGAACUAUGCUCAGUGGUACCCGAUCGUCGUCUUCCUAAAUCCCGAUAACAAGCAGGGCGUGAAGAACAUGAGGACGAGACUUUGUCCAGAGUCCAGGAAGAGCGCCAGAAAGCUUUAUGAGCGAGCCAUUAAACUGAGAAAGAAUAAUCACCACCUGUUUACAACAACCAUCAAUCUGAACAAUAUGAAUGAUGGGUGGUACGGAGCUCUGAAGGAAACCAUUCAGCAGCAACAGAACCAGCUGGUUUGGGUGUCGGAGGGCAAGGCGGAUGGCACCACAGAGGAUGACCUGGACAUCCACGACGACCGCCUCUCUUACUUGUCGGCACCAGGUAGUGAGUACUCCAUGUACAGCACAGACAGCCGGCACACUUCCGACUACGAAGACACGGACACGGAGGGCGGAGCCUACACGGACCAGGAGUUGGAUGAGACGCUAAACGACGAGGUGGGUCUCCCCACGGAGCCCGCCAUCACCCGUUCCUCUGAGCCGGUGCGGGAAGACCCUCCCGUCAUUCAGGACACCCCUGGUUACCCCGCCUACCAGCAUCCUGUGCAACCUGACCCAGCCAGCCGCAUUGACCCCGCUGGGUUUAAGAUGGCCGCUCCACAACAGCAAGGUGAGGCUGCUUUCCCUUUGCCCUCAUUGCCUCCGCCGGCGGUAGCUACCCCUGCUAUUGAGCAGCCCGCACAGCUAGAGGCUGUGCACCUAGAGGAGCCGCCUGCUGUAGCCCCACUUCCUCAGGCUGACUCACUUAACAGCCCCAGCCCUGCCCCCGAGCAUAUUCAGCCCCCACCACCACCACCACCACCACCUCCACCACAUGAACCCACCCCGUCUGGACUGCCUGGUCCAGAACCAAAGAUGUACAAAAAAGAUCUGUACAGCAUGGAUGACCCCGGGCGAGUCGGUCACGGCCUGAAGCAGUCGAUGAGCUACUGUCACCAGCCGCCGUUCCAGGACAAACAGCCAUACCGUGAAUACGACCAUCCGCCUUACGGUUAUGAUGGAGGCGGCUACACAGAACCAAAGCCUCACAACACUGACUCUCACCUGCACUACGACAACCGCGUGCCUCAUUACAACGAACAGUGGCCCCCCUACGACCAGCAGACCUCAUCCUCCCAGUCCGCAGGGUACCAGCCGGGGCACCAGCAACCCAUGGGCUAUAGCCCCCGGUCUCCCUAUGAAGAUGGACCAGGAAGAGAUUACAGCCCGCCGCAGCCACGCUUCGAUGAGGCUCCACCAGCUGGUUAUGACGGCAGACCGCGUCACGGUAAACCUGGACAGAUUCGCUACGAUGAACCGCCUCCACCACCUCCUACAGGCUACGACGCCCGCUCUCCUCACGAGACCGAAUCGCACAACUUCCCCAUCAAUUCACCUUGCUCGCCGGACCCCCCCAAGCAGUAUUACGGUGACUCUGGUCUGAGGCCCGCCUACAUGCCCGGACCUCCAAGUCGAGGUUACAAAGCAGGGCUGCUUGACCCUUUGAGGAACUCAGAGCCCCCCGUUUCCCCUCCUAAACCUGAAGCCCUGCCCUCACCUGCUGAACCGGGAACCACUCCGACCUCCAAACCUCUCCCUCCUCCCCCGCGGGAAGACCCAGACGAGGAUCCAGCCAUGAAGCCGCAGUCGGUGCUCAACAGAGUCAAGAUGUUUGAGAAUAAACGCUCCGUUUCCAUGGACCGCGCUAAAGAAGUGGGAGAGACGUCCGUGAUGAGGCCUGCUGACGUUCCUAAACCUGUGAGUGCUCCCGGUCCAGUCCUCAAAGCCAACUCCCUCAGCAACCUUGAACAGGAGAAGUCCACCUACAGGGCUCCAGAGCCACAAAAGCCUCAAACUAAACCCCUAGAUGAUAUAGUGCGUUCCAACCACUAUGACCCCGAUGAAGACGAGGAGUACUACAGAAAGCAGCUGUCCUACUUUGACCGCCGCAGCUUCGACAGCAAAGCUAUGGGUCAACCUGCUCCGGGCAUCAGUCGCUUCCAUGAUUUACCCAAACCAGCUCAGCUGUCGUACCCGUACCACAGAGUGGAGUCUCUGGAAAAAGUCAGCCCAGUGGAGAAACGAUAUGAACCUUUACCCCAAAUCAGUCCUUCUUCACAGUAUGGGCCUCCUCUGCCUGCCAUCCCACCCAACCCACUGCCCAAACUCAGUCCGAGUGAUGCUAACUCCAUACCGGAACCACUCAGCUCUCCCAAUCCUAAACCGGAUCUGUCCGCUAUCAGACCCACAAGUAGGGAUGAACCCAUUCCGAGCAGUUACCUCCCCCCGAGAGGUUUCCCCGACAAAUCCCCCGUCAAUGGCACGGAUACGGCACCCUCAAAGACUCUGAGUGCUCCUGCCCCAACCAGCUACAACCGCUACGUCCCCAAGCCUUACACCAGCGCGGCGCGGCCCUUCGAGCGCAAGUUUGAGAGCCCCAAGUUCAACCACAACCUGCUGCCCAACGACACACAGCCCAAGACGGAACACCUCAGCAAACCCGGCGUGGUGAGCAACAGCGGUGGGAAACUCCAGCUGUCUCCCCAGCCCCUGGAUCACGACAGCGGUCUGGACACUUUCACACGCACUUUGGAUAACAGGCCCAAAUACCAGCACAAUAACAUCAACGCCAUUCCCAAGGCCAUCCCUGUGAGUCCCAGUGCACUGGAGGAUGACGAUGAGGACGAAGGUCACACAGUGGUGGCCACCGCUCGGGGUGUCUUCAACUGUAACGGAGGAGUCCUGAGCUCCAUCGAGACGGGCGUCAGCAUCAUCAUUCCCCAGGGGGCCAUCCCGGAGAGCGUGGAGCAGGAGAUUUACUUUAAGGUGUGCAGGGACAACAGCAUCCUGCCCCCCCUGGACAAGGAGAAAGGAGAAACGCUGCUAAGUCCACUUGUGAUGUGUGGCCCUCACGGACUCAAGUUCCUGAAGCCGGUGGAGCUGCGCUUACCUCACUGUGCGUCUAUGACCCCUGAUGGUUGGUCUUUUGCUCUAAAAUCCUCCGACUCCUCGUCGGGUGAUCCUAAAACUUGGCAGAACAAAUCUCUCCCCGGAGACCCAAACUACCUGGUGGGUGCAAACUGUGUGUCUGUGCUCAUUGACCACUUCUGAGGAGGGCAACAGCUGGCCUGUUACUGAAUGUGAUGAGCAGUGGGACCCCCCCGUCCCCCCACUGAGCUCCCUCCGCCCGCCGGUGGGGCGCACAACGCUCAACCAAGUCUGAACUCGAUUGUCUCACGUUGUUUACUGUGCCCAACAUUUGAAACCCACACUCUCGUACAGUUGGAGGAGUCCGGCACCCCAUGAGGCUGUAACUUAGUUUCUUUACUAAUGUUUUUUUUUUUUUUUUUGGUGCUUUUGAGGCUUGCAAAAAAAGAAAAAAAAAGUUAUCUUAACAAAGGAACUGAAGUUGGAAUGCAUGACCAGUGCCACAGACUGGAUAAUCCAAUUUUGACAUUUUUACCUAAUUUUCUAAAGGUUAGAGCCGUCCGAGCAUAUAUUAAAAAAACAAAAACAGUUUUGGAAUCAUUUCAUAUUGCAGUGGGAUUUUUGUGUAUUCUAGUGGAUAAAAAACGUGAAGUUUGCUAACGCCGAACCUGUGAGUUCAGCCGUCAUGUGUUACCACUCAUGAAGGACUUGCAGAGCCUGACUCAUUAAAGAAAGCUGUUUGCAUCAUUUAACUGAAGAAGAAGAAAAAAAGUAUUAAGGGUCAGGUGCCCGUUCGACGGAGCGCGCUCUGACUAAACCGCUGUUUUUGUAGAAAAAAAACAAACAAACUUGUUAUCGUAGAUGAAUAUAUGACUUGAUUUUACAAACUCCUGCUGUCUAGAGAUCUAUGCAUGUGCUACGACUCAGGUCCAGAAGCCUGCUAUUACUAAGUUCAACACAUGAGGAAAACCCCAUCAUACACUGCAAGCAGUGAUGCCUUACCUGCAUAUUAACUUUUCAGUGAACCGUUCAAAAACAUGGGGUCCUUGAGUUGUACCGAUCCCGACAGGAGGAAGGUCUGCAUUCUCUCACCAACCGUGAACUUGGACUUUAGCACACGAGAAUAAUUGGGGCUAAUGAAAAGGUAUGCUUUGUUUUACUGCUAUGCAUAUGAAGUCUGAGGAAAUACACAAAGCUAGAAGACGUUUCAAUUGUGGCUGUACAUAAUGCUAGCAUAUGGCCUUGGUUCUCUGUAAAUGAACUUUUGUACAUCUUUGUUAUUUUGUAUAAAAGAGAGAAAACAUUUGUUUAAAAAAGAGACAGCAGUUAACAUUGGUUAUGUUUGUAUUCUGGUUAUACCCCUGAGCCUUGGAACUGACAUAAGCAGUAAUAAGUCCAACUUUUAUACCAACCUACUACACACACCGACACACUACUUAAGGCAUUUUUAACUGUCAGAAAACUUUUUAUUCUUAUUUACAAAAAUAGAAGAAGUGCUUGGUUUAACUGAUUUUAAAAGAUGUACUUGAGAGGGGCUGCUGUGAAGCGUGGUCCCUUCUUUAUUUGUGAUACUGGAUGCUGUAUUGUGUGCCCUGAAAUGUAUUUUUGUACUAAUAGACAAUUUAUUAUGGCACAUCAGUACUAUUUUUCUUUUGAUAUGAUAACUGCUUCAACCCAACACUAUUUUCUUUCCUGUGUGGCUGACAUUCUUUUUAUUUAUUUUGGUUCUGUUUAUUUUAUUUUUUUCUUUUGCAACACAUUUCUAAGUAUACCACUGUAUUACUAAAUAAAUCCAUUUAUAAAGUAAA